AAUAUAAAGAAAAUACAAUGAGGAAAUUAUCGCUGUUAGUAACAAUAUUUGCUCUUAUGCAAAUGCUUUGCGGUACCCAGGCAUUUGUUGUGAAUGUUGAUGCCCACAAUGAAGAAUGCUUUUUCGAGAAAAUCGAAGCUGGAACCAAAUUUAGUGUAACAUUUGAAGUUAUCGAUGGUGGCUUCUUGGACAUUGAUAUCAAAGUGACUGGCCCUGAUAAUAGCAUCAUGCAUCAAAGCGUUAAAGAAUCAUCGAGCAGAUUGACAUUUGCCGCUGUUACAACGGGUGUUUAUACCGUCUGCUUUGACAAUUCCAAGAGCAGCAUGACACCGAAAAUGGUUAUGUUCUCGAUUGAUGUUGGAGAGUCGCCACAUCGUGUUCCCGGCGCACCCGGUGAAGAUGAAGUUGGUCACACCAAAUUGGAGGAUAUGAUUCGUGAAUUGUCGGGCACCUUGACCAGUGUUAAGCAUGAACAGGAAUAUAUGCAUGUUCGUGACAAAAUCCAUCGCUCCAUCAACGAAAGCACAAAUUCCCGUGUCGUUUUAUGGUCCACAUUUGAAGCCUUAGUUUUGGUUUUGAUGACUGUGGGCCAGGUGUAUUAUUUGAAACGUUUCUUCGAAGUGAAACGUGUUGUAUAGA